ACCCGCCACACCAAGAUCCAAAGCUUUUGCUUUUUACUCUGUACUCAGUGGCAAUGGCUCCUUCCCGCCAUUCUCGCUCGCGAACACAGUGCUUACCUACCAUGUCAGUAGAAAAAUGUGCGUCUCUGGUAGCGGAACCAAGUUCCAGUAACACUAACAACUACUUCGUACCAAAUCGCGCCCCCGCGCAGCAUGCUAGUCCCGAACCAGCACGCAACACAAGCACUCCAGGGCGCGCUACGGAAAGACCUGAACAGCUAUAAUCCUCGCCAGCGCCAAUCCCGCCCUAACGCUGCGCCAAUCCCGCCAUAACGCUGCG